GUUUUCCAGAUACAGUUACGAACUGGUUAUUCAAUAUAUGAUCUAAGGACCGAUUUAUCAGGUUUAUAUUUAAAAUCUGGGUUGAAAGGAAUUGGGAUUACUUUCGUGAUGACUGAUUCUCACGUUGCCGAUGAAAAAUUUUUAGUACUCAUAAACGAUAUGCUUGCUUUCGGCGAAAUUUCCGAAUUAUUCGCCGAUGAUGAAGUGGAUAUUAUCGUGAAUGCCGUGAGAAAUGAAGUAAGGCAAACCGGUAUGAUGGAUACCAAAGAAAAUUGCUGGAAAUUUUUCAUUAAUCGAGUUCGAAGUCGUUUAAAAUGCGUUCUUUGUUUUUCUCCUGUUGGCGCAACUUUGAGAACCAGAGCCAGACAGUUUCCGGCAAUUGUAAACAAUACUUCGAUCAACUGGUUUCAAACUUGGCCAGAGGAUGCUUUGAGAUCCGUUUCGACGAGAUUCUUGGAAGAAUUAGAAGAUCUACCGAAUGAAUACAAACUGCCAGCUUCUUUGUUCAUGUCGUACGUGCAUACUAGUGUCAACGACAUUUCCUCACUUUAUUUACAAAACGAAAGAAGAUACAACUACACGACACCGAAGACGUUCUUGGAGCAAAUUUCUUUGUACUCGAAGUUGCUCGUGGAAAGAACCUACGACGUGAAAGCGAUGAUAGAAAGAUUGAAAAAUGGCUUGGAGAAACUAGAAUCUUGUGCUGGCCAAGUAAGCGAACUAAGAGUUGUAUUAGCAGUGCAAGAAAUCGAAUUGAAGAAGAAGAAUGAAAUAGCAGAUAAAAUUCUUGCGGAAGUUCGAGCAGAGAAUACUAAAGCAGAAGCGGAGAAAGCCAUCGUGUCUGAAGAAGAGGCGAAGGUAGCAGAAAUAAAGGAAACAGUAGCAGAAAAACAAAGAAGAUGCGACGAAGAUUUAGCAAAAGCGGAGCCUGCAGUUCGGCAAGCUGAAGCUGCUCUUGACACAUUAAAUAAAAACAACUUAACAGAGUUAAAAUCCUUUGGAACUCCACCGGAACAAGUAGCAAUGGUGGUAGAAGCUGUUUUAGUUUUAUUUUCUCCCAGGGGCCAAAUUCCAAAAGAUAGAAGUUGGAAAGCAUGCAAAGCGAUGAUGGGACACAUUGAUACAUUUCUCUCACAACUUCGAAAUUAUGACAAAGAGAAUAUUUACCCUGAAGUGGUCAAAGCUAUUCAACCUUAUAUCAACCAUAAAGAUUUUGACCCAGAAGUUAUUUACUCAAAAUCGCAAGCUGCUGCAGGUCUUUGCAGUUGGGUGAGAAACAUAAUGGUUUUCCAUUAUAUUAAUGAAGCGGUGAAACCAUUGAGAGCUGCAUUAGCACAAGCAAAUACCGAACUGAAAGCUGCUAUGGAUCACUUGAAUGCUUUGAGAAUGCGAUUAACAGAACUGCAAAAAGUGCUGGACAUUUUAGGAGAAAGAAUGAAUGCAGCAUUAGCUGAAAAACAAAAAUGUCAGGAUGAAGCUGAUGCUACUGCUUUAACAAUUGAUCUUGCAAAUAGAUUAGUAAAUGGUUUAGCGUCUGAAAAGAUCCGAUGGACUGAGGAAGUAAAAAUGUUGACAAAUUCGUGUGUGACAGUACCAGGCGAUGUGCUUAUUGUAACAGCAUUUUUAUCAUACAUGGGAUGUUUCACUCGAAAAUAUAGAUCCGAUUUAAUGUACGAAAAUUGGCUACCAUUUUUAGAUGGCUUGGAAUUAAAAAUACCAAGGACUCCUGAUUUAGAUAUUUUAUCUUUAUUGACAGACGAUGCACAAAUUGCACAAUGGAACAACGAAGGCUUACCAACAGACAGAAUGUCUUCAGAAAAUGCAACAAUUUUAAUGAAUUCAACAAGAUGGCCUCUAAUGAUAGAUCCACAAUUACAAGGAAUAAAAUGGAUAAAAAAUCGAUAUGGCGAAGAGUUACAAGUGCUGAGGCUUACUCAACCAAAUUAUUUGCAUUUGAUAGAAAUUUCUAUUGCUAAUGGUGGGAUUGUUUUAAUUGAAAAUAUUAUGGAAACUAUUGACCCAGUCUUAGAUCCUGUUAUAAAAAGAGAUUUAAUAAAAAAAGGAAAGGCGAUAAAAAUUUGGGAUAAGGAAGUAGAUUACGAUCCUCAUUUUCGGCUGAUUAUACAAACGAAAUUAGCUAAUCCUCAUUAUAAGCCUGAAAUACAAGCCCAAACCACUCUCAUUAACUUCACCGUAACAAAAGAUGGUUUGGAGGAGCAACUUCUAGGAGAUGUUGUAAAAGCCGAAAGACCUGAUUUAGAAUCGAAAAAAGCCGAAUUAACUACUCAACAAAAUACCUUUAAAAUUACCUUGAAAAAAUUGGAAGACGAUCUUCUGCACAGAUUAUCGGCCGCUGGACCAGACAUUUUAAGCGAUGUCGAUCUGGUAAUCAAUCUGGAAACUACGAAGAAAACUGCUGCGGAAAUAGAGAUAAAAGUAGCUGAAGCUAAAGUGACUGCGGUAAAGAUAGACGAAGCUCGAGAAAUUUAUCGCACUGUCGCGGCACGGGCCAGCCUUUUAUAUUUCGUUUUAAACGAUUUGAACAAGAUAAAUAUGCUUUAUCAAUUCUCUCUGAAAGCUUUCAGCGUUGUUUUCCAGAACGCAAUUAAAUUUGCAGAAGCAUCGGAGAAUAUGACGAAACGUGUAGCUCUAUUAAUCGAUAGCAUCACCUAUCUAGUUUUCAUUUAUACAAGCAGAGGAUUAUUUGAAGCUGAUAAAUUAACUUUUCUCUGCCAAAUGACUAUUCAGGUAAAUCAAUUCUAUGUCGAAUACAUAUAAAAUAAAUUUGCCGAACAUUUGCAAUGAAAUUUAUUUGUUAUAGUUUCAAUUACAAUAUAUAAUUUUUUAAUCUAAAUUAUAUUUAUAAAAAUUUUCUUUUGUCUAAAUUGUAAUUAUAAAAAUACAAAAUGCUCCUUGUUAAAAUUUAUAUAUAAUGCCUUUAUGUCAUAUGACAUUUCUGUUAUAGGAGAUAUUUAUACUUGUAUACACCAUAACUGUGCCAAUAUUUCUGGAAAUAUCAUUAAUUUUAGAUAAUACGGUAG